UCAAUGUGGAGGCCAUUAUGCAUCGAAACGCAGGACACCGUGGAGUGCAAAAACAGCUGUCAAAAUGUGUAGUAACCUUCCUAUGAUUCUCAACUAGCUGACAACAAGGCCUGAUGUCUGUUGAAUAAUGGCAGAGACCCAUACGCUCAAAGGAAGAUGGAAAAACUCCACCAAUCCCCUGCCAUUUUUGUGCCGGAGAGAGCUGGGUCCCGAUGACUCUCAGCUGGGGCAUUCGCUCCUGAGAAAGAGAAUCUCGGUAGCUAAUAAUCUCUAUCGACGCGAUCUCAAAGCACAUUAUGGCUGUGUUAACGCAAUCGAGUUCUCUCACGGAGGAGGAGAGUGGAUUACGUCAGGAGGGGAUGAUCGCCGGGUGUUGCUGUGGAACGUCCAGCGAGCACUGUGGGACAUCGGGGAGCCCGCCUCCAUGAAGGGCGAACACAUCAGCAACAUCUUCUGUCUAGCCUUCGAUCAGGACAACAAGAAAGUCUUCUCAGGAGGUAAUGAUGAACAGGUGAUUGUCCAUGACAUUGUGACAGGGGACACAGUUGAUGUGUUCCGCCAUGAGGACGCUGUCUAUGGACUGUCUGUAGAUCCUAACAAUAUCAAUGUAUUCGCCAGUGCUUGUGAUGACGGCCGUGUUCUCAUCUAUGACAUCAGAGAGCCAGCAUCUACAGAGCCAUUUUGUCUUGCAAACUACACGUCAUCAAUGCAUGCAGUUAUGUACAACCCUAUUGAGCCCCGCCUCCUGGCAACAGCUAAUGCCAGGGAGGGAGUAGGAUUGUGGGAUAUACGUAAACCAAAAACUUGUUGCUUACGCUAUGGAGGGAGCUAUGUUCAACAAAGCUGUAUGAGUGUGCGUAUCAGUCGUCUGGGCGACAAGGUGAUUGCACUGCGUCGCCGUCUGCCACCAGUGCUCUAUCGGACACACAGCCCCGAGCCGGUGUGUGAGUUUGACCACACAGGAUACUACAACUCCUGUACCAUGAAGAGCUGCUCAUUUGCUGGAGAAAAUGAUGAAUACAUUCUGUCUGGAUCAGAUGACUUCAACUUGUACAUGUGGAGGAUACCAGAUGACCUGUCUCACAGACAGUACACAAGGGAGGCUCACAUGGUUCUAAAAGGUCACAGGUCAAUUGUAAACCAAGUCCGCUACAACCCUUCUGAUGGGCUUGUACUGUCAUCCGGUGUGGAGAAAAUUGUCAAGGUUUGGAAUCCCUUCCCGAUGCCCAAUAGUAGUGGUGACCUUGAGAGGAGCAACACGUCUGACCUCAGUGAGAGGCCAGUAUUCACGCCAGAGGAGUACAUUAAUUUGGUGCUACGUAGUGGACAUAUAAUGUCACAUGAUUACAGCCACCAAUCGACAGAGGAGGAUCCUCGCAUGAUGGCUUUCUUUGAUAGUCUGGUUCAGGGUGAGAUGGACAUGUCAUCAGAUGACCUUUCUAGUAACGAGGAAGAGUUGUACGAGAGAAUUGUACAGGUGACACGAUCUGAAGUUGAUGCUAGUGAACAUGAAGUGCAGGAUGAGGUGAGCUCAGUGAAUUCUGGAGAAGAGAGUGACUUUAGUCCAUUUACAUUAGCAUUUGCAAGUGUCAUGGCUGCUCAGACUUCUGAAGGUUCUGGACACACACGUCUGCUCGAUGCACAAGAUUCUAAUAAUUCUGGAGCAGAAGAUGCAAGGGACAGUAAUGACCAAAGAUCAGGAAGUCGGAGGAGCAUAGCAGAGAUUAUUGCACAAAAUAGGAAAGAAGUACUGAAAGCUAUAGAAACAAAGCAAAAAACUGUGACAAGGAAAGAAAGGACUUCCAGAUCGAGUGCUCGGGCUACCUCAACUUCAGACUCAGACACCUCAGAUGAGGAGCCGUCUGUUAAAAAGUCCAAAAGUUCCACAGUUAUAAAUGACUCUACCAAACUGCCAGAGAGGCAGAAAGUAAAGUGCCAUCUGAAACGGUUGAGAGAGUUACGCAACCAAGCAAUGAACAGCGACUCAGAAAGCAGUGAUACUGGUACGUCUGCUAAAAGACUCCACGUUGACAGUGAAAGCAGUGCUGCAGAAAUGGAUAAUUCAGUUUCAGAAUCUAAUUUGUAUGAUAAGAAAAACACAGAGCAAAGUGUUUCCUGUACCAAAGAUUGUGGAGGACCAGGUCUUGGGCCUUACCUCCAUGAAACAGAAUCAGGCCACGGGUCACGGCUUGGGGUGCCCCUCAGAGAAGUCCUCAUCUCAAAAUAGCAAUACUGGACUUCCAAAGGCUGACCAUCAGUUGGACUCCAUAACAUGUACCAAAAAUACAGAUGGUGUGAUAGACAAGGAAUUGCGGAAUAAUAUAGAUGAUUGUGUGCCAUCAACAAGUAAGUGUGAUUCAGACUCGUGUAAUGGAAAAAACAAGGAGAAAUCUAGGAAGAAGCUGAGAAGCAAAAGUUCCAACUGUUCUGAGGAAACAGCAGAUGUGUCAAAUUCUUGUGAUCAGAAUAAUGAAGAAAGUAAGGAACCACUCUGGAAUGAGUUUAAGCGGUUUAAAAAUAGGUUGGAGCGAGCCAGGCGAUAUUAUCGUAAGCAUAGCAGUAGUCAGCCGUCUAGUGACGAUGAUUAAUUCCCUGUAAAAUGACAGUGACUGUCAGACAUAUGUGAUAGUAGAGUACCUCAGUAUAAGAAAUAUUGCUUCUAUAUAUUUUGUUUUCUUUAUUUGUGUGCUUUAUCUCAUUAACUAAAUGCUUCAUUUUGAUGACAGAUAUUCACAAUUCAGUGUAAAAGGCACAUGUGGUCACAUUUUAUUUUGCUGUUGCCAUGGUUACCUGCCUAGCCUGUAUGUCAUGAUGUUCCAAGACAUACAGUACACAACCCAAGUGUAGACAACUUCUCUUAUUUCUUGGAUAUUUAUUAAAAACGUAGGGUGAAGGAUGGUCAAAAUAAAUCAAAACAAAUUGAAAAA